AUAAGGCAUGAAGAAGCAACAGAAGUGGAUAUGGAGCUUAGUGAGAUCCCAUCAGCUGAGAGGGAUUCUGACGAAGAAACAAAGAGUGAUGACGAUGAUGAAGACGAAGAUGAUUUAGGAAAUAUUUCUAUAGACUACGACAGUGAUUUCGAGAAAGAUGGAGAUGAUGUUGAAUCAUUUGUGCCAUCAAUCAAGAUAAGUAAAAUAGAAGAUUUGAUACUUAUCAAUACAAUGGUUCUUAAGAAGGUUGCAUUAACUUCGUCUCUAUUCAGAAUUCUUGAAGAGGAAAACCUUGAUAUAGUGUUCGAGAAUCAAUAUAGAACUGAAUGCAAAGUUGCUCAUACUAUUCAAGUAAGAAUUCAACCAGAAUACAACAUUCAACUAUUGGAGAAGAGGCUUCGGAUGUGGGCAGGAGGAUUGUUAUGAACUCACGGGCCAACUUUUAGCCACCCCGUGUAAUUGGCCCUUGAAUCAGUAUAAUUGCUUAAAUUCAAUUGGUUCUUUAAUAGAUUAGUUUAUUAGUUAAGUUACGUGUUUGUAGUU